AAAGGCAAAUUUUAUUUCCUACAGAGCAGAACAAUAUCAAAUAGCUAACUUCAUCCCCAACAAUUAUCUUUGCUGUUGGCAUUUACACAACCAGUCUUUAAUUCCUGUUUGACAAACAUUAUAAGGUGCUACAAGACAGAUGAUUUUUCACCAUCUACCAUAAUGUGGAACAGACAUUUUGUCUUCUGUCUCCUGCUUUUGCCAGCUUUUAUGAGUCAAACAGCAUAUGGACAAAAAAAGAAAGGACCAAAGCCAAAUUUACUUGCAAGGAAAUAUGACCUCCAGGACUCCAUUUGCUUCAUAGAUAUUGUCUUCAUCGUGGACAGCUCUGAAAGUUCUAAAAUUGCUCUCUUUGAUAAACAGAAAGAUUUUGUGGAUAGCUUGAGUGACAAGAUUUUCCAAAUGACUCCGGGUCGGUCCUUGAAAUAUGACAUCAAACUGGCAGCCCUUCAGUUUAGCAGCUCUGUCCAAAUUGAUCCACCUUUUUCUUCUUGGAAGGACCUUCAGACUUUUAAGCAGAGGGCCAAGUCUAUGAAUUUAAUUGGGCAAGGUACCUUCUCUUAUUAUGCCAUCUCCAAUGCCACUAGACUACUUAAGAGAGAAGGGCGUAAAGGUGGUGUGAAAGUGGCUUUGCUGAUGACUGAUGGCAUCGACCAUCCAAAGAAUCCAGAUGUUCAAAGUAUUUCUGAAGAUGCCAGAAUUUCAGGAAUAUCAUUUAUCACCAUUGGACUUUCCGAUGUAGUCAAUGAAGCCAAACUUCGUUUGAUAUCUGGGGAUUCAUCCAGUGAACCCAUUCUACUGUUGAGUGAUCCAGCCCUUGCAGAUAAAAUUCACGAUCACCUGGAUACCUUAUUUGAAAAGAAGUGCGAACGCAAGAUCUGUGAAUGUGAGAAGGGGGAUCCAGGCGACCCAGGGCCUCCUGGUACACAUGGAAACCCAGGUAUUAAAGGUGAGCGAGGACAAAAAGGAAACCCGGGUGAUGCUCAAAAAGGAGAAACUGGAGAAAGAGGUCCAGGGGGCAUUCCUGGGUAUAAGGGUGACAAGGGUGAACGUGGGGAAUGUGGUAAACCAGGAAUAAAAGGUGACAAAGGAUCCCAAGGGCCGUAUGGACCAAAGGGACCCAGAGGACUUCAGGGCAUUAGUGGACCUCCAGGGGAUCCAGGCCCUAAGGGAUUUCAAGGCAAUAAGGGUGAGCCAGGUCCUCCUGGUCCUUAUGGUCCUCCAGGAGCUCCUGGGAUUGGACAACAAGGCAUUAAGGGAGAAAGAGGCCAAGAAGGAAGACUAGGCGCUCCGGGACCAAUUGGAGUUGGUGAGCCCGGACAGCCAGGUCCCCGUGGGCCCGAGGGAGCACCAGGAGAGAGGGGCUUACCUGGAGAAGGAUUUCCAGGACCAAAGGGUGAAAAAGGUUCUGAAGGACCAAUUGGCCCACAAGGAUUACAAGGCCUGUCAAUCAAAGGGGACAAGGGGGAUUUAGGACCUGUGGGGCCCCAAGGACCAAUUGGCAUGCCUGGAAUUGGGAGUCAAGGGGAACAGGGAAUCCAAGGUCCUGUUGGUCCACCUGGUCCACAAGGGCCGCCAGGACAAGGCUCACCUGGUUCCAAGGGAGAAGUAGGUCAAAUGGGACCUACAGGCCCUAGAGGACCAAUGGGAGUUGGAAUACAAGGUCCAAAGGGGGAGCCAGGCUCAAUAGGGCUCCCAGGACAACCAGGAGUACCAGGAGAAGAUGGAGCUGCAGGGAAGAAGGGAGAAGCCGGGCUUCCGGGAACAAGAGGGCCAGAAGGACUGCCUGGAAAAGGACAGCCUGGCUCCAAGGGUGAUGAAGGAAAGAAAGGGAGCAAAGGAAAUCAAGGACAGAGGGGAUUUCCAGGGCCUGAAGGACCAAAGGGUGAGCCGGGCGUUAUGGGUCCUUUUGGAAUGCCUGGAGCAUCAAUUCCUGGACCACCGGGGCCAAAGGGAGAUAGAGGAGGACCUGGUAUGCCUGGAUUUAAAGGAGAACCUGGACUUUCUAUUCGAGGACCAAAGGGUGCCCAAGGCCCUCGGGGACCAGUGGGUUCUCCAGGACUCAAAGGCGACGGCUAUCCCGGUGUGGCUGGGCCUCGAGGAUUACCAGGACCCCCGGGACCAAUGGGUUUACGUGGAGUGGGAGACACUGGAGCAAAGGGAGAGCCUGGGGUCAGAGGCCCUCCAGGUCCUUCUGGGCCUCGGGGUAUAGGAACCCAAGGGCCAAAGGGUGAUAUUGGGCAGAAAGGCUUGCCUGGCCCUCCUGGACCUCCCGGCUACGGAUCACAAGGAAUUAAAGGGGAACAAGGACCUCGAGGCUUUCCAGGGCCAAAGGGCACCAUGGGCCUUGGCCUCACAGGCCAGAAGGGAGAGCAUGGAGAACGGGGUGAUGUGGGAAAGAAAGGUGACAAAGGGGAAAUCGGAGAGUCCGGAGCCCCAGGGAUGCAGGGGUUACAAGGACCAAAAGGAGACCAAGGACUUACAAAAGAAGAAAUUAUCAAACUUAUUAUUGAAAUAUGUGGUUGUGGGCCCAAAUGCAAAGAGACUCCGCUAGAGCUGCUGUUUGUGAUUGACAGCUCAGAAAGUGUGGGGCCAGAGAACUUCCAGAUCAUCAAAAAUUUUGUGAAGACUCUGGCUGACCGGGUUGCUCUGGACCUUGCCACGGCCCGCAUAGGCAUAAUCAACUACAGCCAUAAGGUGGAGAAGGUGGCCAAUUUGAAGCAGUUCUCCAGCAAGGACGACUUCAAGCUGGCUGUGGACAACAUGCAGUAUCUGGGAGAAGGCACCUACACAGCCACCGCUCUCCAAGCAGCCAAUGACAUGUUCGAGGAUGCGAGGCCAGGCGUUAAGAAGGUGGCCCUGGUCAUCACUGAUGGGCAGACGGAUUCCCGAGAUAAAAGGAAACUGACGGAAGCGGUGAAGAAGGCCAGUGACGCCAAUGUGGAGAUAUUUGUCAUUGGGGUGGUGAAGAAAAAUGACCCCAACUUUGAAAUAUUCCGCAAAGAAAUGAUUCUAAUUGCUACUGACCCAGAGCAUGUUUAUCAAUUUGACGACUUCUUUACCCUGCAAGAUACCCUGAAGAAAAAAUUGUUUACGAAAAUUUGUGAGGAUUUUGAUACCUAUCUCAUUCAAAUUUUUGGUUCAUCAUCACGUCAACCUGGACUUGGGAUAUUGGAGGAAGAACUUGGGGAACCUACUCCAGAGCCUCAAAAUGAAACUUCUGAGUCACCCAGUGUCCCUGGAGGGCAGGAUGAAGAGAAUGAGCUUCCAGAGCCUACCUGGACUGAUGGCCUGCCUGCCACUCUCCCAUCUGAGGCUGCCACCACCCACGGGCCAGUGCUCAUCACCCCAGAGGGUGGGGCGGAGGAUCCUAGAUGUUUGGAAGCCUUGAAGCCUGGGAACUGUGGUGAAUACGUGGUUCGAUGGUAUUAUGACAAACAGGUCAACUCCUGUGCCCGCUUUUGGUUCAGCGGCUGUAACGGCUCAGGAAAUAGAUUCAACAGUGAAAAGGAGUGUCAAGAAAUCUGCAUUCAAGGAUGAGCAAGUAAAUUAACCUGUGUGUUUCAAAAACCUAGAAAGGACCCCUGUAAUUUCAACAUACUCACCCAGUACAAAUGAAGCACCAUAAAUGAGUAUAUACUGAGCAUUUCCAGUUCAUAAAUAUAAUCCAGUUCUUGCCACAACCCUAGGGUGUAAGUAUUAUUAACCACUUAUACAGAUGAGGAAGCUGAGACUCUGGGAAGUUUACUACCUUGUCAACUGACCCAACAAAAAAGUGCCAGAGCUGGGGAUUUGGACUUAGCUGUCCAAAGCCUUAGGGCACAAGCUCUAUCAUCUUC